AUGAGUUUCCCGGCGGAGGACGGCGUGGGCAGCCUCUGCCACAAGGCGUUGCAGAUCAUCUCGGAGCUGUGCCUGGGCGGGCAGGUGGAGCGGGAGAAGUGCGCCGGCAUCUUUCCCCUGGAGAGCGCCCGGCAGGGCAUCGGCGGCACAGACGUCUCAGUCAGUCUCUUAGCAGUCGUCGUCAGCUUCUGCGGGCUUGCCUUGCUGGUGGUCUCUCUUUUUGUCUUUUGGAAACUGUGUUGGCCCUGCUGGAGGAGCAAACCUCUCACCUCCAGUGCCAGUAACGUCCCGCAGAGCAACUCCAGCGCUCCUACGGAGGUUUUGGAGAACAGCGAGAAAAAGGAAGUUAAAGAAAAUGGGAAAGCUACCACCAAGGUACUGGAAGCUGCGCUGAAAAUCAGCCACACUUCACCUGAUAUACCAGCGGAGGUACAGAACGCGCUGAAGGAGCACCUGAUCAGACAUGCUCGGAUGCAGAGGCAGAUCACCGAGCCCACGUCCUCAUCAAGGCACAAUUCUUUCAGGAGGCACUUGCCAAGACAGAUGCAAGUGUCCAGUGUUGAUUUUAACAUGGGGACAGACCCAGUUCUGCAAAGGGGAGAGACCACAACCAGCAUUGGGAGAAUAAAACCAGAACUCUACAAGCAGAAGUCUGUGGAUUCUGAUGGGCAACAAGAGGAUGUGAAAACAUGUGGAAAACUUAACUUCACUCUCCGGUAUGAUUAUGAGAAUGAACUUCUGGCUGUCACAAUUGUCAAAGCCUUAGAUCUGCCUGCUAAAGACUUCACAGGAACAUCCGACCCCUACGUUAAGAUUUAUCUGCUUCCAGAUAGGAAAAAGAAGUUUCAGACACGAGUUCACAGAAAGACAUUAAAUCCUGCCUUUGAUGAAACCUUUCAGUUUCCUGUAGCCUAUGAUCAACUCAGCAACAGGAAAUUGCAUUUCAGUGUUUAUGAUUUUGACAGAUUUUCUAGACAUGACAUGAUUGGGGAAGUUAUUCUUGAUAACCUUUUUGAAGUCACAGAUCUCUCCAGGGAAGCCAAUGUAUGGAAAGACAUCCACUGUGCCACCACAGAAAGCAUAGAUUUGGGUGAGAUCAUGUUUUCCCUUUGCUAUUUACCUACUGCUGGGAGAAUGACUUUGACGGUCAUCAAAUGUCGGAAUCUCAAAGCAAUGGAUAUAACUGGUGCAUCAGAUCCAUAUGUCAAAGUGUCGCUGAUGUGCGAGGGACGGAGACUGAAAAAGCGGAAAACAACCACGAAGAAGAACACACUGAAUCCCGUUUAUAAUGAGGCCAUCAUCUUUGAUAUCCCUCCAGAGAAUGUAGACCAGGUCAGCCUCUCCAUUGCAGUGAUGGAUUAUGACAGAGUAGGGCACAAUGAGGUCAUUGGAGUGUGCCGGACAGGAAUUGAUGCCGAAGGCCUUGGAAGAGAUCACUGGAAUGAAAUGUUGGCUUACCCACGUAAACCAAUAACUCACUGGCACCCACUAGUAGAGCUACCUGGCCGAGCAACCAGUUUUGAUAGCCAGGGAUCCUGUUCCUCACCCAAACCACCUCUUACGCCCUAG